CAGAGUCGAUUGCUUGGAGCUCGAUCGAUCGGCAUGGCUUUCGUGGCGGUCCGUGUCUUGUCUCUGUUCCUCCUCUCCACAGCCGCGGUCGCGACUGUGACCGGAGUAGGCAGAAAUCCAGCAUGUGAGUCGCCGGCAAUCGGGGCCCCGGUGUUCCCCCUGGACAGGGAUCUGCUGCAGUUCGCGCUGAACCUGGAGCACACGGAGUGUGACUUCUUCCUGUUCGGCGCCCUCGGCCGCGGGCUCGACUCCGUCGCGCCGGAGCUGGCCAUGGGCGGGCCGCCGCCGAUCGGCGCGAGGAAGGCCAACCUCGACGCGACCACAAGGCUCAUCGUCGAGGAGUUUGGCUACCAAGAAGUCGGCCAUUUGAGGGCGAUCAAGAGCACCGUCGGAGGGUUCCCGAGGCCUCAGCUCGAUUUGAGCGCUCACAACUUCGCGAACAUAAUGGACAAUGCUUUGGGAUGCCAUCUGAAUCCUCCAUUUGAUCCCUACGCCGACACUCUCAAUUACCUCCUCGCCUCCUACGUGAUUCCCUACAUGGGCUUGGUCGCCUACGUCGGCGCAAACCCCAACACCAAUGGCUUCGUCGCCAAGAGGCUUUUGGCGGGAUUGUUGGCCGUGGAAGCUGGGCAAGAUGCGAUCAUAAGGGCGAUUCUGUAUCAGCGCAAGCACGAGCUGGUGGCGCCGUACAAUAUCACGGUGGCGGAGUUCACGGAUCGGAUAUCGGAGCUGAGGAACCGGCUGGCGAUGUGCGGCGUCAGGGACGAAGGGCUGCUGGUGCCGCGGGAGCUGGGGGCCGAGGCAAGGCUGUCCACCAACAUACUGUCGGCCAACGAGGAUUCCCUCGGCUACCAGCGAACUCCGGCAGAGGUGCUCCGGGUGGUGUAUGGGACUGGGAGUGAGCAUGUGCCCGGAGGGUUCCUCCCUAAAGGCGGGGGUGGGAAAAUCGCAAGGGCAUUCUUGGCAUCUCCUUGAGAAGAGAGUGAUAUAGCUCGGAUUGAAUAAUAAUGGCAUCUAUGAGAUUAUGUGUGUACUCGCGUUGUAAUCUUCGAGAUUAUGUGUGAGUGUGGAUCUCAAGCAAUAUAUUUGGGCUUUAUUUUAACAUAAA